AUGUCCCAACAAGCUUCCAAUCAUGCUCUCACUUCCGAUCAAAUCGAGUUCUUCAAUCAAAACGGUUUUUUGAUCAUUGAGAAUUUUAUUCCUCCCGAAACCAAUUCCAUGCUCCGAGAGAGGAUCAAGUAUGUGGUUGAACAUCAAUUUAAACCCAACAAAAACCAUGCAGUGUUUUCAACUUACAAGCAAGACUCUAAACGAGAUUUGGAAAAGUAUUUUGAAGAUUCAGUUGAUAACAUUUCCUUCUUUUUGGAAAAGAAUGCAAAUAUUGAUCCCGAGACCGGAGAAUUAAAACAAGAUAAAUUCUCAUGCAUUAACAAAAUUGGUCAUGCUCUUCAUGAGAAGGAUGAAGUAUUCAGAAAAUUUUCUCAUCAGCCAAAACUCUAUGAAAUUGUUAAAACAUUAUCACACUUUGAGAGACCAAUUAUUUUGCAAAGUAUGGUCAUUUUCAAGCAACCAUUCAUUGGAGGAGAAGUCAUUGCUCAUCAUGAUGCCACUUUUCUCUACAAUGAACUCGAGAAUGAUACAACAGAAAAUCCAGUCAUUGGUUGUUGGUUUGCUUUGGAAGAUGCCACUCGUGAGAAUGGAUGUUUAUGGGUGUUGCCAGGUUCUCACAAGUGGGGCUGCAUCAAAAGAUGGGUACGAGUUCCUUCAGAGACUGAUCCAAAUGUACACGAGAUGAAAAUGGAAGUCACACAACCAGAUUUACUCCAAUAUACUACUGAAAUGAAUUAUGAACAUGACAAGUAUAUUCCUGUGGAAGUGAAGAGUGGAACAUUGGUUCUACUGCAUGGCUAUUUGCUUCAUAAGAGUUUCGAGAAUACCAGUAGCAAGUCACGAGAGGCAUAUACCUUACACGUAUUGGAUCAAGCGAAACCUUUUUCAAAACGUCAAUGGAUUCAACCAAAGAGAGAACUUGUUAAUUAUUUUGAGACACAGAAUGAUUAA